UUCAUUGGUCGGCUUGCGCGCGUGAAAGACAAACCUGACGCUGGGUGAGAGGAUCCAGUUUGAAUUCAAAUACAAGGCUUCACGAUGGCUUCAAAGUGUCCCAAAUGCGAAAAGACGGUUUAUUUUGCUGAGAAAGUGUCAUCACUUGGAAAGGAUUGGCACAAGUUCUGUCUGAAGUGCGAGCGCUGCAGUAAGACCCUGACGGCAGGUGGCCAUGCUGAGCAUGAUGGGAAACCGUACUGCCACAAGCCAUGCUAUGCUGCCCUCUUUGGGCCAAAAGGUGUGAACAUCGGGGGUGCAGGCUCUUAUGUGUAUGAAGCUCCCACCAACACUUCCCCACCACCAAACAAUGGGGACUCUGCUCCCAAAUCUCAGGAGAAAUGGGUCCCAGUGUGUUCAAGGCCACCAUCGAAAGCUGGAAGCAUCACCACCUUCUCUGGGGAAGCCAACCUGUGCCCCAGAUGCAGCAAGAAGGUCUAUUUCGCUGAGAAGGUGACAUCCCUGGGAAAGGACUGGCAUCGGCCGUGUCUGCGCUGCGAGAGGUGCAGUAAGACCCUGGCAGCAGGAAGCCACGCAGAGCAUGAUGGUCAGCCCUACUGCCACAAACCAUGCUAUGCUGUCCUCUUCGGCCCAAAAGGUGUAAACACUGGUGGUGUUGGCAGCUACAUUUACGACAAGGAGCCCAACACUGAGGCUCAGCCUUGAUUUAUUUAUUUAUUUUUUUUCUUUUCCACCUUCCUUCCUUCUAUUUUUUUUUUUUUGAAGUCCUUGGGAAGCUUGAAUUUAUUAUAAUAACAGCCACUACAAGGACCUCACGCACUUUCACAUAUGCCCCACUUCUUGCCUUAUCACAGGAAACCUGUGCCAGCUUGGAUCUUUCACAAAAAAUGCGCCACGUACUACAACAAAUGCCUUGAGCUCCAGUUGCACCACUAACAAUUCCUCUUAUUUCUCCACUUUAAGGUCCUCCACCCCAAAUCCUGUAUGGUUAGUUCCGACCAUAUCAUUCGAUUUCAUUUAAAAGUCAUUCAUUUAAUCCUAUUUAGUCUCUUUGUGUGUAUAAUCAUUAAAAU